GGAGAUAUCAAAUAAUAACUUUUGUUAUUCGUUUCUGUAUUACAUCGUUAAAAUGAGUGGCGAUGUGAUGUACGAUGCGCCGCCGAGAAAACAUAACGUUGCGAAGAUGAGAGUCCACGAUUAUUUAUAUGACUCGGCGUUCAUCGUGUCGGGAGCGCGCGACUACGCUCGCACCGCUUUCAAAGCAGCUAUGGCAUCAGCUCAAGUCGUUUUACAGCCAGUGUACGGCAGCAUGUUUUCUGAGUUAAGCCUCCGACCGAGAAUGAAAGUCGUGUAUCACCCAAACUGUCGUCUGCCGAACCAUAUCGACAGGUCGUACAGUGCCUACCUGAAUCGUGUCAAGGAAGGGAAGAGCCUCCCUAACCCUGAGUUUAGUGGCAAGGACUCGUACAAGUAUACUGCUGUUCCAAAACGUGUGUUGGCUGUGCACACGACGAGUCCAGACUUCAGGCCGAAUACACCAACGUUUCCGAUACUGACACAUACCAAACCAAGGAACAGAGGCACGCAGAGCAAGUACAGGGAGUCUUCAGCGCAAACAAUACCGUGGCAACCUGACGGGAAGGCGGCCAAGCAAUGCGAGAACACACCAGAAGUACUAUACCUUGAUAAACUGGAAUGGGGUCCUGGUAUGCCGUACCGUGUCGGAGAUCUUCCAGCUGACUUCUACACCACUGCUAUCAUUAAUAAGAUGCGUCACGCCCGAGCUUGGAUGGAUCUGGUGGAAGCUGGCCAGUUCCCCAGCUGGAUGAAGGACAGAGAUAGCAUCAUCAAUGAUGUUGUGGUCAAGGACUGGCUCUUUAGGGAAGGGGAAAUAGAUGAGUUACAAGAUAUACGACUGGAGUUACUGCACCGUCUCCAGUCGGAUCAGAGAGCGAAGCAGACGAGCAGAAAUAGCAUGAAGCUGGCCAAGCUCUGGGCUUCCAAGAAGCAAGAGAUGGAGCGGAAGAUGACUCAUAUACGGAAGACCAGAGAUCGAGAACUCCGAAAACUAGUAGCCCUACACGAGGGUGGAGGUCGAGCAGGGCUGGUCGCUCGUCUAAGGUCGGCCCGCGGCGCUGGUUCAGUCACCUUUGCCUCUAGAGAUCCGACAUCAGAUCUCCAUGCUCCGCUGGCUAGGCACGGCUACCAGGCGCGCAGGAGACAUGCGGAGAUUCUCUAUGACCCUGGAUUAUUGUCUCUGGAAGACCACAACGCGCUAGCAGAACCGCCACCAUGGCUAGACUCUUGCGGCCAGGAUCUCACCAAGUCCUGUUCCGGACACCUCCUUCCAAGGGAUCCCACUGUCCUAUGUGAACGGGAGACCAAGUGGAGCGAGCAAUUCUUGGAGAACCUUCAUAAUGAUCUGAAGAAAACUCGUCUCGGAGCCGCAAAGAUGACAGCAGGUCCGCUCCACGUGUUGAAGUCACGCAAGGAGUGCUUCGUCGCCAGGCCCAGGACGCCUGAGGUGGAAUCCCUAGACGACUUCGAGGAAUCAGCGCAUCAGGCCGCGCUGGUGCUGCAGAGGAUCAUCAGGGGUAGAGCUGUACAGAAUUUGAUGUACGAAGGUCGCACGCGUGCUGCGGAGUUGACUGAAGAGUUGAAGACCACGCAUGGUCUCCAGAAGGAAGAUAAAGUCAGGAUAGCGAAUGAAGAGUCGAAGGCCAGGGAAUUCAAUGCUAGGAGGACGGAGACUGAACUUAGGGAGGACACCAUAUCAGCUCUAGUGGACGAGCUAUGCGGUGGAGCAGUGUCUGCUGCGCUUGAUUUCUUGGAGAAAGAGCUUCGAAGGCUCAAGGAGGAGAGGAGACAACAUGCCUUCCUGAUGAUUGCUUUACGUGAAAAGACGAUGCGAGAAGCGGCUGAAGCUGGUAGAAGACAGAGGGAAGAGCAACGUAGAAGGGAACAUGAUGAAAUGUUUAAACAGAUCCUAGGAGUGACCCAAGGCACAGUGGAGGCCUACCUCCAAGAGAUUAUAGAUGAGGGCGUAGAACUGGCCGCUGAGGAGGACGCCAGCGAGAGGGCGAAGGACCAAGCCACGAAAUAUCAUGAUACGCUCAUUGACAAUUCUGACUUAACAACAGCCACUACCAAUGAAAUGGUAGCCGAGCUGGUCCAGCAGUUCCUUCUACCACACGCCACUAAGACAGCGACCAGACAUCGCAUCAAUAUGCUGCAGAAUUCCAGCUUGGAGACUGCCAGGAGCACCAUCUUUGGACUAAUCAAUAAUGCCGAGGCUAAGAGAGAGCUGACGGGAGAAGGAAAAGUAUAA